UCGGAGGGUGCCCUCAGCCCUGCUCAGUGAGUUAGGCACCACCCCUGGGUGGGGAGCCCUGGGCGCUGUCGCCCCGCCCCGGUUGGGGCGGGACGGGGUUGAAAAGGACCAGGCGAAGGAGCCGGCGGCGGCAGCAGCAGCAGCGACAGGAUGGGGCUGGAGCUGUACCUGGACCUGCUCUCGCAGCCCUGCCGGGCACUCUACAUCUUCGCCCGGAGCAACAACAUCCCCUUCGAGUUCAAGAAGGUGCAGCUGUCUAAGGGGCAGCACAAGACAGAGGAGUUCCGGAAGGUGAACAUCCUGAUGAAGGUGCCUGCACUUAGGGAUGGUUCUUUCACCUUAGCAGAGAGCAUUGCAAUCCUUCUGUACCUGGUCCAGAAAUUCAAGACUGCUGAUCACUGGUACCCAUCUGACCUGCAAAAACGGGCUAGGGUUGAUGAGUACCUGUCCUGGCAGCACACCAACAUCCGUUUGAAGGGGAGCAAGUUGUUCUUAACCAAGGUAAUGCUGCCUCUCCUCACAGGCCAGCCACUUCCUCCAGAGAAACUGGAGUUUGUUACCGAGGAGCUGAACGUUGCCCUGAAGCAGUUUGAGGAAAAGUUCUUGCAGGACAAGCCCUUUAUCGCAGGCAGCGAGGUCUCCCUGGCAGACCUUGUAGCAUUGGUGGAGCUCAUGCAGCCUGUGUGUGCUGGUUAUGACCUGUUUGAGGAGAGGCCCAAGUUAAAGGAGUGGCGCAGGCGGGUGGAAGAAGCUGUGGGGAAGGAGCUCUUCCAGGAAGCCCACCAAGAGAUCAUGAACAUUAAGAACUUGACUGCUGAUCAGUUUGCACCUGAGUUGAUUGAGAGUUUCAAGCAGCUGCUCCUAAAGCAGAAUUAG